AUGGUCGUCGUUACUCCGGCCAUAGCCACCCUCACCGGCGAGCUAACCCUCUUCCACACUACCGAUCCACUUCUCUCCAACUCGCCCAUCCUCGUCUUCUACGGUCCUGCCCCCUCCAUCUCUGCCGCUACCUCGCGCAUCCAGAUCCACGUCUUCACCCCCGCCGGCUUUGAGUCCUAUCCUCGUGUCAGCAUCUCGCCCAAUGCUCCUUACUACGCUGCCGUCAACUCGCUGCCUCGAGAGGAACAGGGUGAUGAGGUCUGUCGCGGUCUGGCCUUUGGUCUGUCCAAAUACUUCGCCGAAGUCCCCAGACCUUCAAGGGAUGCAUGGGUCGCCCAAGCAUGUCCCUCCAGAAAGGCUGCCUCUGCUUUCGCCCUCUUUAGUGACGCCCACGUCGCAAUCCUGGCCACCCGUAUGAACAAGGUCGACAAUCUUGACGAGAUCAUCAACGAUAUUCAACGUUCUCUCAGCGAACAAACCGUAUCUUGGCUAGAUUUGGACGUCAUUCUGCCUCCUGGAUCUAUCGAGCCUGUCAAGGUUGAGGAUGAAGAGCCUGAGCAAGAGAAUGUUGACGAAGACGAGCUGUGUGCCCGUCGAUACGGAGAUUAUGCACCUUUCAUCAAGCUACUGGGCGAACCUGCCUUUCUGCCCACCUCCAAACUACGAAGAGCCCCGUCGAAACCCACCGCUAUUGGCCGUAGUCAGGCUUUUCUCAGGGAUCAGCGCGACGUUGCUAGGAAGGAGAUGAGUGAGCUAGUCGACACCGAGUCUAACUACAUCAACAAACUUUCAAUUCUGGUCACCGACAUUGCUUCCGACCUGCGGCAAAUUGUUCACAACGAUGCUAUACCUGUCUCGAAUCCACUGGAACGCACGAUUAACGAUCUCUUCCCUCCUUUCCUUGAUAAGAUGCUCGAGCUGAACUCGGCCUUCCUCGAGGCUAUUCGUCGCGUCUUGGAUGAUACCGAAGACUCGACCAUUCUGGAUCUAACAGACACUACUGAGGAAACUUCUCACGAUGAGCCUAUAUCAGAUACUAUCGGACUAACAGAGUUCGCAAAAUGCUUGAUAGAAUGGUUUCCAAAAUUCGCCGACUGCUAUCCUUCCUACAUGCAAGCCCACUCAAGGUUCCCGCGACUGAUGAGGAGAUUGACGCGGAUUGGAGAUGCAAGCAUUCUUGACAAGAUCCAGGAUUUUGGUGAGAAGCGUCUCAACUCUCUACUGAUCGAGCCAGUACAACGUCUGCCACGCUACACUUUGUACAUUGAUGGCAUCGCAAAGCAGCUACCGGUAGCUCAUCCUGCACUUAAGCUCCUGCUCAAAGCUCGGGAUAUAGUCUCGGAGAUCUGCUCGCAAGAUGCCCCGGGUGCCCAAGAGAUAAACAUAUGGGAACGUCUGCAACGUAUUGUCAAAUCCUGGCCAGAAACAAUCGAAUCUGUUGGCCGGCUGAUUUCCAUAGUGGAUGUGGUGGAGAUGUUUCCUCCUUUCGAGGACGGUCACAGCCGAGGAAGUUCGGGUGUCCUCAUGUUGUUCACCGAUUGUACCAUCUUUGUGGAAAAACGAACCCAGAUGGCCAUGUCUGCGCGUGCCUUGUUGUCGGAACUUGGUAAACCGUUACUCGAGGAUCGCCGUGAUUCGACUCGCCCAGUCACUCCACCAUCUUUGCAUUUUGUCGACUCGUUCAGCUUGCAAGACACGACUGUGACAGAGUAUCUGGAUAACCGCGCUAUUGCCAUCUUGCCUUUGUCGCCCGGUCCGGAUCCUGGCAUUGCAUGUGAGCAGCGCGUAUAUCUGCUUGAGGGGUCUUAUUCUGGAAAGGCAUCUAAGUUCCAAGAAGAAUGGACCAAAGCUCAAGUUGAAGGUCGAUUCACGGAAGAGGAGCGUGAAAGUGGAAAGUGGGAAGUUCGCAGCGCUCAAAUUGCUGGUGGGGAACUCAAUCUGUUCAAUGCCAUCUUCGAAGGUUGUCAAAGGCAUCAUUCGGAGAGCCAAUCCAAGUCGGCUCGAGUCCGUGUGAUCAUUGACCCUAGCAAGCACAAAUAUCUCACACCCGUCGGAGAGAACCAGCUUGAGGCGAAUGUCUCUUUGGAGAAGUCGGAGAAGGGACAAUGGCGCAUAUCUAUCGAAAGCGCCUUCUCCAUGGCUACGCGCGACAAAGUCGACGAAGGAGAAUUUCUCUCUAUUCUGAUCCGUCGGUUGAGCGGGCUGUUGGUGUCGCGGUUCUCGACUAGAAACUCUGCCAUCACUUCUUCGUUCGUCCUCCGUAACCAGCAACAUCGCCCCAAAUCGCCUGUCAAGAUGAUUUCCAACUUUCUGUCUCAGUCCACACACGGACGUCAAACUCCGAGCUCGCGAAAGCUUCCCCAGCCUAAUGCCUUCUCAGAUGCUCCUCUACUUCUUCCCAGCAGCAGAGAUGGGAGUCGGCCAUCUUCACGCGACCAACCUCUGCAGCUUUCUGCAACGCCCGAGAGGAACAAUCCCGUGCCAAGCCCUUCUAAAAGACUCGAAGAUGCCCUGAACACCUAUCUUUUGGCGCUGCUUGCUCGCAAGGGCAACAUUGUUGGCAAAGUUGUGCAAGGCAGAUCUCGUGCAAACGAACUCUCUGUCAACGAACUGUACAAUUCCUUGUUGGAAGACCCAAAUAUGAUGGUGGUGGCAGCCCAGUCUUCUAUCGACGUUCUCUUUGCCGCUUUUGAGAAAUUCCUCAACGUUGCUUGGAAAGAAGGUGUGGGCGCGGUGAUGACAGCAAAUCAGUUGCAGACCAUCCAGACUAAAGCUGAAAGUUUGUUCCCUGUCGACUUCGAGCGAUACUUCAAGGACAGCUUUCACAACAUGUCUCCUCCCAACCAAAGAGCAUUAAGAGGCAUUGUCAAGUUGUUGGCAGAACUAUUAGAUGGCACUGGCAACGAUGGUGACCGUGGUAUCUUGACUGCAGCAUUCGUCGAAAUCUUGGUUCCCGAUGGUAAUCCCUACGAUUUUGUGUCGCUACUCGAUAGAUUCGUGGAGGAUAUCGAGUCAUUGUUCGGCGAAGUGGUACAGCCUAGAGAGGUGAGGCCUACGCUAGGAGGCCAUGGUCGAUCACGUUCCAUCAACACUGCAUCGUUAACUUCAAACACAUCAUCAUUCAGGAAGAAGUUCGGAUUUGGUUCUAGUACUAGCAGACCGGAACAAGACUACAAGGUGUCAGUGUGGCGUACUCUGAGCAAGAGCACAAGGCUUCCUGAUCAACCCUCAAGCUUGUCUAGAGGUACAAUGCAGCGAGCGAAGACUACGGACGGUCAUGGUGGGUUACCUGUCAGACCGUUCUCUCAAGAAGGACCAAGCAGGGGGCCAUCGCCACAGCCUCCUGAAAGACCAAUGUCGCAUGACUCUACGUGGCACAACAACGGUCUUUCGCUUGGAAGUAUAGGCGAGACGCUUAGCCCCCCAAAUCCUUCGCCUCACAGAAAGAAACGGCGUAGCUCGCUGUCUGACCUCAAAUCCUUGGAACUGACCUUGAACGAGUCGCCUUUCAUCUCACCGUCAGCUAUGCGCUCAUUCGAAGAUUCGCCGUCCAAAGAGCCAGUGGAGAGGACAAAGUCCCCUUCACCAACACUCACCAGAGCUAGUGGCAUUCCUACACUUGGCUCAACCCUAGGUUCGCCUAUCAGUGAUAGACCACGUUCAAGACUACCAUCCGCUUUCCGCAAAGAGAACUCGCCCCUCAAUCAACCCAGCCCGUCCCCCUCCUCAACCAGGCCGAGAAGUCUGAGCAAGCAGCCAGAAGAAUUCGAUGCAAGUCCUGGUCCACUUAUAAGACGCGGCAGUAAGCAAGUCGACAGGCCAAAGACACCUUCCACACCAACCACCAGAGCAGGACUAUCAGAGCGACCCACAGCUGGCAACGCUAUGCGCACCAAAACAGGCCCGGCAGGUACACCAGCUAAAGUGACGAUAAAAUCGCCACCGCCGAGUGGUACGCCUACCAGAAAACUGCGCAUGCAGUCACCACAGAAGCUACGAGAGCGUCUUCAAGAGGAGCACCGUGCUCUGGACGCUGCACAUUCCACCCUACAAGAUGAGCUGAGUCGUAUAGGGGAGGAGAUGAAUAUGAAUCGCCACAACAGCGUUCUUCGUGGGAACGAUUCACCUGCUCAAGCCCAAUCGUCUAGCCAUGAUGCCUCGACCCAUCUUUCAACACUCGAGGCUUCUCUCUCUUCUUCAGUUGAUGCUGUGGCAGCCCGUGUAGCCAAGAUCCAGGCCGAUGCGCUCUCGUCACUCGCUGUGUCUGAGUCCAAGGCCAAAAAGCUGGACGAGCUGUAUCGCGAAGCCAAUGCCGAGAACGAAGCACUAUAUGCACGUUUCAAUGAUGAGUUGGCGAGGGUAUUGAAGUCCGUCAGAAGUGGUCAGGGACUUGACGAAUUGAAGAACAAGGUCCGAGAAUCACAGGAUGAGGCGGGACGUUUGAGGAGAGAAAACGCUAGGUUGAAGCGUGAGGUUCUUGGUUUGAGGAGUCAGCUCAAGGAGUGA